AUGUCAGUCGACGCUCCCAGGAUCAAGCUGCAUGCCGCUGGCGCCCCAGCCUUUGGCCACGAGGACGGCCCGCCUUGGUGCUUAGGUCAGAACAAGCAGAGGCAGCGGAAAUUCACGAAGAACAAUCUGAACCGUUCGCUUGCUCCCGCAAAUAACAGAGCUAUUCGAAACCAGCUCUGGGCAGUAUACACGCUGGAGUACAAGCGAGGGGUCCGAAACUGCUGGAUAGAUGCCUUGGCUACAGCGGAUGCCACGCCAGCAGUCAUCGGCAACACUUUCGAUGCCCUCGUUCGGUGCAACAUCGCCGCCGCGGAUGAGAAGAAUGCGUCGCUCAAGUACCAGGCCAGAGAUGCAUAUGGGCGAGCCUUGUCGACUCUCGCACAUAGUCUCGGCACACUGCCGGCCGACAUGAUGACCAACAAGCACAACACCCAAGGCAUCUUGAUCGGUAUGCUGCUUGUUGGCCUCUGUCAGUGGCAGGUCUUAGAUUCCUGUGGAGAGGGCGGGCAGGCUAGCUGGACGCUCCACUACAAGGCCUCGCAGAACUUCGUCAAGGCUCUUGGACCUGGUGCUUUCGACACGAAUGAUGAUCUGGAUAUGAACCUACUCCAAGUCACCUGGUUCUUGAACUUUCUCUCCAGUCUCGCCCUGCGUCGGCGUAUGACUUUGGACUUGAAGACCUGGGACUCUUUCUCUGCAGCCAUGUGCGAGGGGCCUCGAAAAGAGGUUUUCGGAUUCCUUCGAAGCUGGUUCCGAAUGAUGGUCCCGAUACCCCGCCGCCUGGAGGAAAUCGACUCCAUCUUGACGGCCGCAGGGGGGCAAGAUCAAGGCCUCAAGCCUGCAAUGCGAAAACUUGUUGAUUUCUCCAGCAAUGCCGAGGUUUGGGCUAUAGCCAAAGCAGCACCGGUCGAAUAUGAUGUAGCUCCAGAAGGCCUAGACAUGUCAAUCGAAGAGCACUUCUUCCUCUCCAUCAACACCGCCUUUCGUAGACAGUAUCGCUUCCUGCGCCAAGAGAUGGCGAUGAUGUGGCUUGUAACAUGGUUCUCACGCCUCAUCACCGACUGCACAGCUCUCCGGGCUGUUAUCGUCCGCCCAGAGGUGUUCACCAACCAGCCGGACCUGGAUCCUACUCGCCUCGAGCAGAACGCAUAUCUUGCAGCAAUUAGCUUGGCCCGCAGCGUCUAUUCGGUCUCGCAACUGUCAAACGUCACAUAUGCUACGAUUCUCAAGACACUGCUGGAGAUAUUGGCAGCUUUCUUCGCAGAACGUGGAGCGAUGCAAGAGCUAAGUUGGUGUCAGGGUUGCAAAGCGGCAACAGAGAUUCGCUUGCAGCGACUGCAAAGAGUUCGGCCGCGGACGUUGUGCCGAAUAGAAGAGAUGGUGCCUCAACUGAUCGCAGCUGUCAGUAUUCGGACCAGGCUUGAGGCUCUUCCUAAGCUGCCUUUUCGAGAACAGACGAUGAGGCCAAGCUGCCCCUUGGGAUACGACGGAGAUGCCUUGCCAUGA